UCAAAAGUGUUUGGAAAUUCAUGGCCUUCCUUGGCCAUGAUGGAUUGAUGGGUAUAUAAGAGGGCCACCACAAAAUACAAAAGAUCAACCAAAACUCAAUCAAUAUCUUUCACUCACAAUUUGAUAUCUUUCACCCACCUCAAAACUCUCUCCAAAUCAAUUUUCACCCAAAUGAGUAUCCCACACUUUCUUGUUAUACCAUAUCCAAUAAUGGGACACAUCAAUCCCCUUAUGCAGUUCUCUCAGCUUGUAGCCAAACAUGGUUGCAACAUCACUUUUCUUAACACAGAGUUCAGUCACAAACGAGCAACUAGCUCAGGUUCCGGGCAAGAUAACCUCAAAGAAUCACGGAUAAAGUUUGUGACACUCCCAGAUGGUUUGGACCCUGAAGAUGACAGAAAUGACCAGGUUAAGGUUCUUUUGUCAAUCAGAAGCACCAUGACUCGUAUGUUUCCCAAGCUCAUUGAAGAUAUUAAUGCUUUGGAUAAGGACAACAAGAUCACUUGUAUAAUUGCUACCAUGAACAUGGGUUGGGCCUUGGAAGUUGGUCAUAAAUUGGGGAUUAAAGGGGCUCUUCUUUGGCCCCCCUCUGCUACUACUUUGGCCUUUUGUGACUUCAUACCAAAUCUGAUUGAUGAUGGAGUUAUAGAUUCAGAUGGACUGCCACUCAAAAAACAAGAAAUUCAACUUUCUCCAAACAUGCCUCCAGUGGACUCAGAUAACCUACCAUGGGGUACCCUGGGCAAGGUCUUCGUUGCCCAGAUAGUUCAAGAGAUGCAAACUUUCAAGUUAGCAGAAUGGUGGCUUUGCAACACCACUUAUGAUUUUGAGCCUGCUGCAUUUUCCUUAUCACAAAGGUACCUACCAAUUGGUCCUUUGGUAGAAAAUUACAGCUACAAAACUUCAUUCUGGGAAGAAGAUGUUGCUUGUCUAGAAUGGUUGGAUCAACAACCACCUCAAUCUGUUCUAUAUGUUUCCUUUGGUAGUAUGGCAACCUUGGAGCAGAGCCAAUUCAAUGAACUAGCUCUUGCCCUUGAUCUCCUUGAUAAACCUUUUCUAUGGGUUGUGCGUCCAGAUAACAAUAACAAGGUGAUUAAUGCAUACCCUGAUGAAUUCCAUGGAAGUAAAGGUAAAGUUGUCAAAUGGGCACCUCAGAAGAAGAUAUUGAAUCACCCAGCUAUAGCUUGCUUCAUUAGUCACUGUGGUUGGAACUCUACAAUAGAAGGUGUACAUGCUAGUGUGCCUUUCCUGUGUUGGCCAUUUUCCACUGAUCAAUUUCUUAACAAGUCAUUUAUUUGUGAUGUGUGGAAGAUUGGACUUGGAUUAGACAAAGAUGAAAAUGGAAUAAUACCAAAGGGAGAGAUAAGGACGAAGGUGGAGCAAGUGAUUGUUAAUGAAGACUUGAAAGCAAGGUCUCUGAAACUGAAGGAAAUAACCAUAAAUAACUUAGCAGAAGGUGGUCAGUCAUCAAACAAUCUCAAGAAGUUUAUCAACUGGACGAAGCAUUAAUGCUUUGGGAUAAUGUAAAAUAAACAAUAUAUUUAGUAAUGUGAGUCCAACUAAAAGUAAAGUAAGAUCCAAACCAUUAGAGCGAAAUUUUCAUUUGGACCUAAUGAGUGUCUUAAAUCCUUUGUAACAGUACGAAUACAAAAAAGGUGAAUUAAGUCACAAAAUAAGACCCCCUUAUUAGAGUAAAUUCAAAUUAAACACAACGGUUAGAAAAACAAAACAUGA